AUGGAGACGGCGGAGCAAAAGGAACUCCGUCGAGUCGCCUUUUUUGCGAUUGUCGUCAGUACAGUGGCUGUAAUCGCAGCUGUGGUCACUCUACCUAUGCUCUAUAGUUAUGUCGCUAAUUUUCAGUCUCACCUUAUUAUUGAGACCGAUUUUUGCAAGGUGAGCGAUUAUAUCUUUACCUUCAUACAUGGGCCACUCUUAAUGCAACUCCUUCAGACUCGUGCUAGAGACAUGUGGGCUGAGAUUCACCACAUCGAUGGGCCUGAGUUCAACCGUGCUAAGCGUCAGUACGGCUCCUCGCCCAAUCCAGCGCCAGCGACCGGCUAUGGGCCAGUAGUCAACAGCGAACCAAAUCCGACCUGCUGUCCUUGUCAACAAGGUCCGACUGGGCCACCUGGACCUCCUGGAGACGAUGGUGAGGAUGGACCCGACGGAACACGAGGCAAAGACGGCGAAAAUGGAAAGGACGGCAGCAUGUUGGAGUCGGCCAUUAACAACGAUGCAUGCAUUAUUUGCCCACCUGGGCCCCCCGGACCUCAGGGAAUGGCUGGUGCUAAAGGUCCACAAGGGCCAAAGGGAGCUCCUGGUGAGAACGGUACAGAUGGCAAGCCAGGAUUGCCCGGUAUGCAAGGCCCAAUGGGUAUGAUGGGUAUGCCAGGAAGACAAGGAGUGGCUGGACCUAAGGGAGCUCCAGGACGAGUUGUUCAGGUAAACGGCCCAGCUGGACCAGCCGGUCCAAAGGGACCAAGAGGACUGCCCGGACCACGUGGUGAGGCUGGACUUGACGGUGGAAGUAUUGAGGGACCUCCCGGACCUCCUGGUAUGCCUGGACGUCCAGGACCCCCCGGACAACCUGGUCCACAAGGACCACAGGGGCCACGAGGUGCACCUGGAGAGCCUGGCACUUGCGAGCAUUGCCCCAUUCCUCGCACUCCACCUGGAUAUUAA